UUUCGUUCAUCAACCUCGACGCCUUGCAUGCUGCAAUACGAAGCAAGCUAUACAUAGCAAGCCUAAUCCAACGCAUCCAGCAGAAUGGAAUCCGUGAUCGAGAUACAGCGUCAGUCGCAGGAGGAAAUCGAGCGAUAUGAGCAGGCUCUGGCCGACAUUCUCACAAAGCCGGUUCGAGGGGCUCGAGCUAAUCUGAGGAAUCAACACAAAGCACUGGAUGUCCUCAACAGGAUCGCUGAUCGUCAAGCUGACCUUUCGAAGCUUUACGACGACGACGACGGUCUGCGAGCUGCAGAGCUAUCACUCCUCUCAGCUCCUUCCUCGUCCAAAGGCGAUCCUCAGAACGACCUAGCCGAGUUCUACACCCGGUUGGACAAGAUCAAGUCUUAUCACGCUCGUCAUCCCAACCUGGAGCCCGAGACCAAGAACUUUGCUCGAGGCGUCCAAGAGCUCGUCGAUGGUGAUGGUCUGACGAGAAUCCGGGGUGAAGAUGGGGAGGAAGAGAUUAUCGAUCCUCUGGAUUCGAUGUUUACCGGAGAAGAGGGGAUGGGUCGUUACCUCGACUUGAAUAUCGCUCAUACGCAAUACGUCAAUCUGAAAGGCGCCAAAAGGCUAAGCUAUAUGCAAUAUUUGACGAUGUUGACGAAAGGACGAGUGGCGGAAGAGGUGGACCAAAAAGAAAAGGAAGGACUGGCUUACUACGACUACGUUCAAAACCUCAAAACAUACCUUCUCGAUUUCAUGCGUCGAACGCAUCCCCUUCGAAUGGGCGAAGUACAGUACGCUCUGAAGCCGGUGGAAGAGGAAUUCGAGAAGGAUUGGAAAGAGGGAAAUGUUGAUGGCUGGCAGAAGAAGGCUGGUGCGACGGAUGGUCAAGUGAAUGGAGAGAACGGGGAUGGUAUUUGGUGUGCUGCUUGUCAAAAGCAGUAUGCCAAACAGACCGUCUACGAUGCGCAUUUGACCUCGAAAAAGCAUAUCAAGGCUGCGGAGAGGCUGGAGGCCGGUGGACAAGCAGGGGAAGCGCCGACUUCAGCUCCUCCACCGACGGCAAACUCUAGCAACACCGCAUCCUCAUCGAGAAGCCACAACUCUGCCUUGCUUACUCGUCUUACCGAGACUCUGCUCUUCUUCCCUCCUAUCCCUUCGCUUGUCAGCGAUACCCAGCAAAACAUCGAGAGACGAUCCGCUCUGACCGCCCGAGAACGAGAGUUAGAGCUGGAAGAGCUCGUUGACGAAGUGCCUCCCGAUCUCGGACCCGACGAGACAGCGGAAGAAGCCGAAGAGAGGAUCUACAACCCUCUCAAGCUUCCUCUUGGAUGGGACGGCAAGCCCAUUCCUUACUGGCUGUACAAACUGCACGGUCUCGGUGUUGAGUACAAGUGUGAAAUCUGUUCGGAUUUCUUGUACAUGGGUAGGAAGGCCUUUGAUCGACACUUCCAGGAGAGUCGGCAUGCUUUCGGGAUGCGUGCUCUUGGGCUGCCGAACACCAAGCACUUUCACGAAAUUACCAAAAUCCAGGACGCUCUUGCUUUGGCCGAGCGUCUCAAGCAGGAAGGAAGGGCAGAGCAGCACGCCACCGAGAGGUCCGAAGAGUUCGAAGACUCCGAAGGUAACGUGUAUGAUAAGAAGACGUACGAUGACCUGAAGCGACAGGGCUUGAUAUGAUCUUGGAGGUAUUACAUCGUAUCGAACCGUAGUCAUAGUCGUUGUAAGAGGUCGAGCAUCGCUAUGACAGCAAUAUAUGUACAUGUGAUUAUAAGUCAGGAAU